CGACAGAAACGAGGCUGGGCAGCCAUUUUGAAUGCUAAUUUGAAAGUGGGCACGUUUACGUUUACGUUCGUUGGGAGAGUUAUCAUACUUCUACGGGCGAACUUUUCAGCCUCUGCUGUUUACACCAAAACUCCCCUCGAGUGUCCGAUUGUUUAGACAACAAGGAGCUAAACGAAGUCGUCACAUGUCGCUCAGGUGUCCUUCAAGAGUAGACCCAUGACCUUUGACCCACUCAGAUUUUAAAACGGAUUUUAGGCAUGCUGGAGAGCACUGGAACAGAAGCCAUGGUACAACACACACAACAGGAGUGCCUUUAUUCUGCCAAGUACAGUCGUAUAUAAGAGCCUUCAAUGUACGGAGAAUUUGAAGUGUUGCACUGAGAGAAAGUCAAGCAUGUGGAAAGAAAAACAACAUGGCACACAGGAGGAGUAAGAAGGAUUUGAUACUCGACGACCAGGGAAUUUUACUGGACGAUGACGAGCCAAUCAGGCAGCGGCGCGAUGUCACGUUUGACGAUUCGCACCCGUUCACGGACGAACCCACACUGAAUCUGAGCGAAUUUGAGGAUUCCAUCAAGGAGGAGAUAGAGUAUGGAGAGGGAGGGGCGUCGGGUGAGGAGUCCGGCGGCGACGGUUUGAACUACGGAGCGGGAUUCGAACCCGCGGCCUUUAGACGAGUACGGGCUGGCUCACAAACACAGGACAGCCUGGACGAGUUUGAAGCAAUCGAGCAGAAUCUCUUACAAGAUGGCUCACAUGCCAGUGCCUUAUUUGAAAGAAGCAGGGAAGACUCAAGAGACGACAUUUCCUUCCAUAGUAACGAGAAUUCAGUCGCCGAUCAGUACGAGCAGUACCUCUCAGAACAGGAGCACAGUCGAUCAGGGAAUGAAUUCUCCCCAGGUGGGGAGCAGCACUCUCCAGGGCUGGAUGACUUUGCAGCAAAGUACGGCAGCCAAUCAGCAAGGAGCUAUGAUGGACAGUAUGCAAAUGAGGAGGGUGUUGAAGAGGAUGUGAGCAGGCUGGUUGGGGAGGAAAGCUUUCCCAGGAAUUCUUUUCUAGACAGCUCGCUACUAAAUGACACCGUCAUUCCCAUCAAUGCUUCAGAUAGUACUUACGACAAAACCCCUCAACCAACAUUUGACCAUUCCAAGAAUUCUACGCCAAGUCCUUCCAAUCGUAGAGUAUCAGAUUUACAGAGUGCAGGGGAUCAUUUGGUCCCCCCCUCAAAGACCCCCCUAACAAGCACGCCAAAUUCUCCAACCGAUAGUAAGAGACCAGACAUCUCGGUACAGUCUGUUCGGGAGGACGACUCAGGAAGUAGAACGCCGGUAGGGAGACCUGGCUCGGAUUUGUCGCCGUAUAGCGGUUUCCACGAGAGAGUUUCGGAGAUCGCGAAGAGGGACGCUGCCAUCUUGAGACCGCGGUUCACCACCUACGGAGCCGAGACUAAAUUCUCCCCUCCGAAAACGCAACGGACUCCCCCGACGACAGAUAGCGGGAAGAAGGCGAGUAAUGUUUCCUUUAAGAUCGACCGCUCUAGCGGGAGAAUCCUCGGCGUUUCUCAGUCAACCCCUCAAUCUGACCCGAGUAAGAACACUUCCUUAAGAGAUAGGAGACGGAGAAAUAGGAUGAGUCGCGGCGAAUCCGGCUCAAGGUCGAAACGAAGGACAGAAACUGACGCGUCCGUGAGCGAUCUGGAUUUAGACACGAGCGGGCGCUCGGAUAUUUCCCGCUCCGAACUGUCACAGAGGCUCAAAGAGGAGGUCAAGAGCAAAACAGAAACCUCAGAACAGCUGCGAGAACUACAGGAGGAGUACGAUAACCUGUUGGCGAAGUACGCGCUGGCGGAGGUCACCAUCGACCACCUGAGGCUAGGGGCAAAGGUCAACCUGUACUCAGAUCCGCCAAAACCUGCACCUGCAUUUGUCGGGUCUAUUCCUCAGCCGCACAAGAUUCAAAUGGUUGAUAUCCCCCGGAGCCAACGUGCACAGAUGGACAGGACGGUGGAACACAGAUCACAAGCUGUUACAGCUACCCUGUCCCCACCCCAGCCCUCCCAUAGUAGACUGACCCAGACAGGUAUGGCAGUAGGGACUGGGACUGACCCAUUUGUUGGUGAGGGGGAGGAGGACCCUACCCUCACAGCCACUGCUAGUGGAGAGAGUCUGAAAGUGGCCCUGUUGUUACAGGCAGCCAGUUUGGAGGACCAGGUGGACUCGUUUGAAGCCCUGCUGGACCUUGACCAGCUGAACCAGGCGGAGCAGGACGAGGUUCUGACCAGGCUGCAGGCAGAGAAUGACCGGCUGAACCAGGACUACCUGGACGCCAGGGACGAGCAUGACCGCAGGAGGCGCGCCGGGGAUACGCACGGGGAAUUCGACGAAGACAAGUCUGUUGCAGGGAAGCUACAUCAGCUAGGGAUGCGGUUAGAGGAUCUCGGGGAGCGAGUGGAAAACAACAGGAACAAUCCCACUCCUGACACCACGCAGCAGGACACAGCCCCCAGCCUGAGGGACUCUGUAACCACAGAAGACAGCCUCAUCCAAUCACAGAUGGACCUGCCGCUGGGGGAGGAGCUAGAGGAGCAGAAGAGGAGGGUGGAGGAGGAGUUUGGCAGGUUGAUGGACAGGUACAGCCAGCUGAAGGGGAUGCCUCGCACACCUGACAGGGACAGGGAGAUACAGGAACUCAUGCAGCAACUACAGGAUUUGAGGAGAGAUGCACCAUUGUCUCUGGACUUGCCUGAGGACUUAGAUGACAGUCUGUCCCAGUUGUCCAGUCCACAGCUGGAGGAAACUGACCUCCCUGAAGAAGAGCGGUCAAGGCUGCCCUCUCGUCUUUUGGGACGCACCCCCGGUCAGCCCUCGGACCAGGACAUGACCAGACUGGACCAGUCAUCACUGCAGUUCUCUCCUGACAGCCCAGAUAGAAAAGAGAACCAUCGGCAGAGGGACCAGGUGUCUGAAGAUGACACCCCUCCAGUUGUCAGACCCAAGGACAGAAGGAACACUUCUCACAGCAGAGCACCCAAGUCUCAGAACAAGGAUGAUGUGCCUUCACCAGACAACAUGUCCAACUGUAGACUGACAGAAAGUCGGCGGUCCUCCACUCUGUUCCAGCCGUGUAGACAGUCCUCUCACCUCCCCAAACCUAUCCUUAAAACUCAGGAACAUCCCAUACAACACAGCCACAACCUGGACAGAUGUGACCGCUGUGGCCAGCCAUUGCAGUCCCAGCCGUCGACACAUGUGGGCAGCACCAGUAGUGUAGCAGACAGCGGGCGCUCCUCCCCGACACACCGUCCUGUUGCCAAGGCAACCCAGAACCAGCCCCAGCAGGAGGCCGAGAUCGACAGCGGGUUUAUAGGCUCGGAGAGCAGCCGGCAGUCCCAGAUGACCACGCCUCUCGUACCGAAGAGGGACCCACGCGCCACAAGGGAAAGACACAGGUCCCCAGUGACCGCCCAGGUGACCCAAAAGCCGUCACGCCCGGGUAGCGGUCACCGCUCCGUCACCAAGCACCGUCCGGCGCCGCUGCAGCAGGUGUCGGACAGCGACAGUCCGGAGGAGCGCCCCACCACCGUUAGGGAGGUCCAACCUGCCAGGACGGGCGGGAAGAAGAACCAGAGUAAACCACAGGACAUGAUGUCCCAGCGUAGACGCCCGCCAUCCACGCGUUCCCGCAGCAGUAACACGUCCCACAAGCGGCACUACUCCAGCAGUGAGGAUGACAUCUCCCGCCGCAGUGUGGCCAGCAGCAGGGGCAGCAGCAGGGAUGAUGCUAUCCAGGGUUUGAAGAGGGAGAUAGAGAACAUGAGGGAAGAACUGGAUGACAGACUGCGCCGUGCACAGAACAGAGACCGCCCGGGGAAGUCUGGCCUCCCCUCCACGCCGCGUGAGCCGGUCCGAGCCUACCCCAUGGAGGGUUCUUAUCUAGAGGAGGAAGAUGACAGAAGAGAAGCUUCUCGACCGGGCAGCUUAAAGGGACCAUAUACAGGAAAGGACUAUACGCCAUAUGCCACAAGACGUCGUGCCCCGCUAUCGGAAACUUCUCCGAUGGACGCUCGUGACCUCCGCUCUUCACAUUCCAGAACACGGACGCCGUCCCCAGUCGGUAGCGAAAGACGUUCUGCACGUCGGACACGAGAUCGCUCCACAUCUCCACUUAACGACACCCGACCGAAGGAGCUGGGACGUUCGGAUUUGGGCUAUACGCCGAGAUCGUACGUGAGAACAACAGGACCGUGUCCGCUAUGCGGGGGAAGCGGUGUGCACACACACGGGGAGUACGUCCACCCGCCCCCCGAGCCUGUGGAGUACAGAUAUGUGCCUGUCAGCUCUACUGCUCCUGUCAGUCCUGUGGUCCACUAUGUCCCUGUGUCACCCAGAUAUGUACCCACAACACCCAGAACGCUGCGUUACGAGGAGGUUGCCCCCUCCCCAGGGGUGGUGUACAGCCCCUACCCCUCCCCGGUGGUGUACAUGAGUCCGCGGCGGGGCAGGGUACGGUACUACCAGCGCAAAUACAGCGUCACGGAGACCGAGGAAGAGGAGGGGGACACAGAUGAUGAACUGAGGCUGUCCCAUCUACACCUCGGAAGUUCACUCGAGAGAGCGGAGAGGGCCGCUAGGGAAAUGAAACGACGGUCGCGUAAGAUGGCGAAUACCCUAGACUCCAGCCUGUCCAGAUCUAAAGCUAAACUGUCUGCAAUCGACUGGUACUAACUCCACAAACCAGAUACAUGCCUUCAUGACAAAGGGGAAAUGCUCAGGUUUAUUCCAUAUUAAUAAGUACAUUUGUAUACAUUUUGAAGUAACUUCAACCUUAUAGUAUAACUGUUAUACUAUUAAAAACUGUAGACUACUACAGGCAAUAAUGCCUUGAUACUUCAUACUUAUAAUUUUUCUUUUCUCCCACUAAAAUAUAAUGUCCAUUGCAGAGUUGUAAUUUGUCUUUUACUUUAAUGGAAAACCUUUGGAUACUGUUUUUAUUUUUCAAAUUUUGAAGAAAACAGACUAUCCUGGCUUUAAAGAAUGACAUUUCUACACUAAACUGAAUAGAAAUUGAUAAUACAAACUUUGGAAAUACCAUAAAGUCAGACCUUCGUAAAGUGCCUUUAUUGAAUCCCCGCAUUUCAAAAUUCACAAAUAUAUUUUCAACGCAAAAAAAAGGAUUUUUGCUAUCACUGCAUUGUAUAGUCUUCAGAAACUGUAAAAGAAAC